AUGGCUAAUAUCAUGAGAUGGGCUACAAAGGCGCUUCGAAAACCUCCCUUAGUUCCCAUUAUUUUUCCUACUGGCGGUUUCGAGACCGUUCCUCCCUCGGUGGUGCUUGAAGAGGAACGUUUUAAGCAAUUCAAACAGGGACAAUAUUAUCCUGCUAACAUCGGCGACGUGCUUACUUCCAGAUACCAGGUUAUCGGUAAACUUGGUUUUGGGACUACUUCGACUGUAUGGCUGGCUCGCGAUCUUGAAUAUGUGACACUCAAAAUCUACACUCUCGGCGAAGAUAACCAGGAAGAGUUUCAGAUCUAUAAGAAACUAAACCAAGGGAGUUCACGGCACCCUGGUCAUGCUCAUAUCAGAAAAGCACUAGAUAUCUUCACAAUCUUCUCAUCAUGUGGUAGCCAUUCGUGCCUUGUUCAGAAGCCAAUGUGGGAGAGCUUCAGGGACCUCCUUUAUCGAAAUCCUAAUCAUCGAUUUACUGAAGAUCUCCUCAAAUCUGGUCUUAUGCAAAUAUUUCUUGCACUUGACUACUUACACACAGAAUGCAAGCUUGUCCAUACAGACAUUAAAAGCGAUAACAUUCUCCAGGAAAUAGAAGACAAGUCCAUUCUUGAAAGUUUUACCCAAGCUGAGCUGAAGAGUCCUUCACCCCGCAAAAUCGUCAAUGGUUUGCCAAUUUACACGUCACGCCGUUUUGACUUGCCGAAGGUAUUUGGCCGAGCUGUUUUAAGUGAUUUUGGCUCUGCUGUACGAGGAGAUGAGAAAAGGAACCACGAUGCACAGCCAAAUGUUUAUAGGUGCCCGGAAGUCAUGCUGAAGACUGAUUGGAGCUAUCCGGUCGAUAUAUGGAAUGUUGGUGCCAUGGUGUGGGAUUUGCUUGAGGGGAGACAUCUUUUCUACGGAAAUGACCCUGAUGGCAAAGGGUAUUCGACCCGGGCACAUCUUGCAGAAGUUAUGGGUUUUCUAGGGCCACCACCUUUAGAUAUGCUCCAACGUGGGAAACGAAGCCAUGAGUUCUUUACAAGCGAUGGGAAAUGGAAACAGGACCUAGAAAUUCCGACGGGGGUCAGUCUAGAGCUGUCGGAAGAGUUUCUCGACGGAAAAAGUAAGGAGAUGUUUAUAGCUUUCAUGAGAGGGAUGCUUCAGUGGCGACCUGAAGAUAGGAAAACAGCGAAGGAACUACUGCAGGAUCCGUGGCUGAAUAGCUAA